AGGGAACGUGCCUUUCUCUCUUUUCACCCGACCCCCCCCCCCCCCCCCCCGCAGAAUUACGCCCCAAGUGCGCACCGGGGAGUGGUAGCAACAGCGAGGAUCUCUAAUUUUGUCAUUUUGGUACGUUCACAAAUAUCAAUCCCUUUCUUUUUUUUGAAAACUUUCUAUGACAGGAUGGAUCCCUUUCUCCACUCAUAAUAUUGUUAACACUAUUUUUUUUAAGUCUCAACUCACAAUACUCUCGACUAUUUUAUCAAAAUCUGUGUCGACUCCUUAGGACAAUUUUUUAUAAUUAAGCAGAUGAAGUAUAUAUGUGAACUUGACCAUAAUUUGCUACUAAAAAACACAACAUAUACAUAGAGAGAGAGGGAUAAAAACAAUAAACCACACACUUUUCUUCUUUACUCUGCUUUUGAGGCUCAAAUGGAAGUGUGAUGCUUUUCAGUGCAAGCAUCACAGAUUCUCUCCAAUCUUCCAAGUCAAACAACAGAAUAAACAAAGUACACUAUCCACAAAUGAGAGAUGAGAGAGAAAGUAAAAGAGCCACAGCUCAUGGCAUAUAUUCCCUUACAUAUAUAAUAAAACAACAUACACACUACAUGCAUGUCUCAAACUUAGCUACCUUAAAAAACAAGAAAAUUUUACUAAUGUACAACAACAACAACAACAAGAUGAGGCUGCUUCUAUCAAGCGAUGCGAAGCCUCGGCUCCGAUGGACGUCGGAGCUCCACCACCAGUUCGUCGCCGCCGUCGACCGCCUCGGCGGCGCUCACAAAGCAACGCCUAAAUCUCUGAUGAGGAUCAUGGCCGUUGAUGGCCUCACUUUGUACCAUCUCAAGAGCCAUUUGCAGAAAUAUAGGAUGGGAAGGAGCCACCAAAAUAAGCAACAAAACUCUGGUGAGAAAACGAGCCGUCACUCUACCAACAAGACCACCCGCGACAGCUCUACUACAGGAAAUUUGCAGAUGACGAUGGCUCUGCAAAUGCAAAUGGAGGUGCAGAGGAAAUUGCACGAACAAAUCGAGGUUCAGAAAGAUCUGCAGCUAAGAGUGGAAGCUCAAGGCAAGUAUCUGCAAAGAGUGGUGAGAAAGGCGCAGGAAACCAUAUCUGAGUACGGCUCUUGCUCCAUCGAGGCAGAGCAUGCGAGAGCUCAGCUCGCUGAGCUCGCCUCGAUGGUGGACUCGGUCGAGAGCUCUCUCACAUCAUCGUCGGAGGCUUCCACGCAACGUUGUCAGCUCCGAGAGAGGAGCUUUCUCUCUCUCUCUCUGCAUCCGGAGGAAUCCAUUGAUUUGAACUGCACCAAAUCGGUUCCUAAAUUUAUAGAUUUGAACAGUUGAUUUUUCUUUAGUGUGGUGUUUUGUUAGAGACGUACCAAUUUCUCUUGUACAAAAAUGUUAUGUUUUGAGCACUUAUAUGUUUUUCUUUGAAAGUAAUACUACUAGAUUUAUCCAAA